CUGGACCUGGAGUUUUAACUCCUCCCAGUUUCAGCCCUAAAUUCUAAGCUCCCUUUCUAUCUAUCUUCCCGCCACCACACGCACGCAAGCGGUGUCUGUCAAAGAAUCGACCGUUUUCGUAACCUCCAUUUCCAUACAUACUCCCGCCAAAUCUCACAACCGGCUGUCACCGGUAACACCUCCGUACAAUUCCGGGUUUUUACUCUGAGGUCGGAUGAAGGUUCUGGAAGGUAGGGUUCCCAUACAGUCGCACGUGGACCAGCUGCAUGAGAGUUCCGCGCUUUCCUCCCAUUUUAAACAACUAUGAGUGCUGUGAAUAUCACCAACGUUACCGUCCUUGACAAUCCUGCCUCCUUCUUGACCCCCUUUCAGUUUGAGAUCUCCUACGAGUGCUUGACCCCUCUCAAAGACGAUUUGGAAUGGAAACUCAUCUAUGUGGGAUCUGCUGAGGAUGAGACUUAUGACCAACUAUUAGAGAGUGUACUAGUUGGGCCUGUCAAUGUGGGGAACUAUCGAUUUGUUUUACAGGCAGACCCGCCGGAUCCAUCAAAAAUUCGUGAAGAAGAUAUCAUUGGUGUGACAGUGCUUCUGUUAACAUGCUCUUAUCUGGGUCAAGAGUUUAUCAGGGUGGGCUACUAUGUCAACAACGAUUACGAUGAUGAGCAGUUGAGAGAGGAACCUCCAUCGAAGGUCUUAAUUGAUAGGGUUCAAAGAAACAUUUUAUCUGAUAAACCUAGGGUUACGAAGUUCCCCAUCAAUUUCCACCCAGAGGAGAGCGAAAGUAGAGAACAACCACCUCCACCUGAUCACCCUUCUGAGACUGAUGGAAAUGAAGAAUUGCCUGCUUCACCUGAUCCUCAUCCUUCAGAUGGGAAGGGGCAGUAAAUAAUGCAAUCACAGGAACUACUUCCAGUCCCUGACCUCUUGAUUUUCUCAUUCAAGGUAUUAACGGUGGUUUCAUUUGGGAGGGAUUUUGAUUGCAUUAACUUGACAAAAAUGUGAAGCAGUUCAUGAGGUGGUGGUUGAAGUUCUAGUGUUCAGUUUGACCAUAGAUUGUUAAAUCCUAUUGUAUUAAGCUGAUUGCUGCGUUGCAAAUUGAAUCUUCAGUUGUGUUGGGGGCCAAAAAGAGAAAUCCUGGGUUCAUAGUGGUUUUCAUCGAAUUUGGCCUUACUAGUUUUGGGGUUUAAUUAUCAAUAUUUGCUGAAUGUAUCGCUGACAACCAAUGCUUCUUUUAAGUGGUUGAGGCUUCCUAAUGUUGGGAGGACAAUUGAGUGAAUUCCCCAUAUCACAA